AUGGUUCCUAUACCGUCACCUCCAAACCAAGAUAUUGGUAUAUUCCAUCCGAAAGUUAUCGCACUUUCAUUAGGCAUAACGGCCACUGCAUAUUUUUCUUACAGAUUUUACAGGCGAUUUCUCAAACCUGUACGUUCAAUUUUGGACCUCACUCCAGAAAGACUCGAGUACAACUACAAGUUAUACGGUUAUGUUACACGAGUAGGUGACGGUGACAAUUUUCGUUUUUUCCAUACCCCAGCAGGAAUUUUUGGCGGUUGGGGAUGGCUCAAAUCGGUGCCCAAGAACAACAAGAUCUUAAAGAAUGAAACAUUGAUGAUUCGAUUGUGUGGUGUUGAUGCCCCAGAACGAGCGCAUUUUGGCAAACCAGCACAGCCAUAUAGUGAAGAUGCGUUACACUGGUUGCGAUCUUAUAUUUUGGGAAGGUAUGUGACCGUUACGCCGUAUCUGGUGGAUCAAUACAAGAGAAUCGUUGGUAGGUGUCAGGUAUGGAAAUGGACGGGUAAAAAAGACGUCUCUGCUGAGAUGUUGAAGCAUGGUAUGGCAAUAGUUUACGAAGGGAAAGUUGGUGCAGAGUUUGGGGAUAACGAAGACUGGUAUAAGCGACUAGAGAAACGAGCCAGGCGUCUUAGACGCGGUGUUUGGGCAUUAGGCUCAAAAAUGUUGACCCCUGGAGAUUAUAAAAAGGCCUACUACCGAGGUGAAUAA